AUGUCUUCGCUCAAGCUGCGCUCCAACAUGGCACGCCGCCUGGAUGGCCGCGUCGCAACUCCCUUUUUGAUGUCCGCCAGACACAUGCACAGCACCCCGGCUGAGCAACACGCUAUGACUGCUCCUCAGGUGGCUACCAUCCCCAAGCAUGUCCCUGGAUCAAAGGUCACUAAGACCAACAAGACUCCGGCCCUUGCCGUUCUCCCUCUCUCCACCGUCCUGAGAACCUACAUGAUUACCUCGAUUUCUUGCAAGCCUGCACUUUUGUCCGUCUGCUUCAAGGCUCUUACCGCCAUGAUCCACGCCAAGGGUCCCAUCUUCAACGUCGAGCGCAACCCCCUGCUCAAGAUGAUCCUCAGAGAGACUUUCUACAAGCAGUUCUGCGGUGGUGAGACAAAGGCCGAAGUUCGUGCUACCCGCGCUCAAUUGCAAAGCCUGGGCUACUCUGGUGUCAUCUUCGAGUACGCUCGUGAAAUUCUUUCCGACGUUCCCUCCGACGACACGGCUGGCGAUGUCGACAUGUGGAGAAAGGGUCUGAUGGAGACUGUCGAGGCUGCCCAGCCUGGCGACAUCAUCGGCCUGAAGUGGUCCGGUAUGGGCGGCUACGCAAUGCAGCUGCUCAAGCAGGGCAAGCAGCCCAUCGAUAUCAUGGACAAGGCUAUGAAGGAGAUCUGUGACGCCGCUUCGGCCAAGCGCAUCGCUCUCGUCCCCUCUGCCGAAGAAACCACCACCAACCCCAUGAUUGACGCCUGGACCUUGAACCUGCAGAAGAUUUACAACAAGCCCGAUAACAUCGUCCUCUACAACACCUACCAAUGCUACCUCAAGGGCGCACCCGCUUCUCUCUCCAACCACCUCCACCAGGCCAAGACCGAAGGUUUCACUCUCGGUGUCAAGCUUGUUCGUGGCGCUUACCUGCACUCUGAGCCUCGCGAGAAGAUCUGGGAUACCAUCCAGGACACCCAUCGUGCCUACGAUGGCAUGGCCGAAGCAGUUCUCACCCGCACCUACAACGACGUUGUCAAGCCCAUCUCUUCCGACGACGGUGUCUUCCCCCGAAACGUUGGUCUCGUUCUCGCAACCCACAACGCCGACUCUGUCCGCAAGGCUCAAGCAAUUCGUACCAACCAGCUUCGUUCCGGCGAGGAGAGAGUUCCUUGCGCCUAUGCUCAGCUCCAGGGUAUGGCCGACGAGGUCAGCUGCGAACUGAUCAGCGCCACUCAAGCCAAGCCUGAGGAGAUGGUCGACAUUCCCCGUGCUUACAAGUUGACUGCCUGGGGCUCCAUGACCGACUGCCUGAACUACCUUCUCCGUCGCGCCGCCGAGAACAAGGACGCCGCUACUCGCACUGUUGAGAGCAGAGAUGCUAUGCGUGGUGAGAUCUGGCGCCGCAUGAAGGCCACCUUUGGUCUUGCCUAA